AUCUCCAUAUCUUCACCUUAAUACUUUAUCUGUCUAAUUUUCUUCCUGCCCCAUUUUCCAUCUUCUCUGCCAAACGCAGUCCCUCUCUUUCUCUGCUCAUUUCUUGCAUUCAUCUCCCGCGAAGGUUCAAUCUUUCAUGGCUUCGAUCACGGCUACGUGGUCUCCGAGCUCUCUCCAGCUCCGAUUAGCUUUAAAAUGUGGGAAUCGAAGGAAAUACCCGGCGACUUUACAGUCACGAGUGGGCAACUGGGACCGUCGGUUUCGCCUGCUGUGUGUUGCUCAAGACGGAGGAGGGAAUGGGAAUGGGAAUGGAUUGGAGAGGACUCCUAUAGAGGGUUCGUGGGUCGGGGUGGAUUCGAAGAUUGACGGCUUUUCUGGGUGGUCCAAUUCAGAGGGUGAAGAACAGUCUGCCAAUUCUCACAAGAAGUCACCAUACGGAGGAGUUGUGGGAGCAGGAGUUGCUGGAGUUCUCCUUCUUACAGGGCUGACCUUUGCAGCCUUUUCUCUCAGUAAGCGAAAUAUUUCCAGAGCGAAACAGAAAAAAAUGGAGCCUCUGACAGUGCAGCAGGAGACAGUCUUGACUUCUGAUGAUCAUAAUAAUGAAGUUACGGGACAUGUGAAUGCAAACAACAAGGUGGAACCUGAAAAUGGCAACACGGAAGAUCAAACAGAUAUCUCCAGGGAUGGUACAGCUCCUGUGUUUGAUCAGAUUCCCGGCAACAAUGGAAUUGCUGACCAUUCUGAUUCAGGUUCCAAAUUGCUAUAUGAUCAUGAAAAGCUUGUCAAUGGCACAAAUGCAUCCAGUCAAGAAGUGUUGCCACACGAGCCAGAUUUUGACAAUGACUUGGCUGUUCCCAAUUCUGAUCCCGGGCCACUCAGCAUUCCUGAAUCAGAAAAUGCUGUUCACUCUUCCAGUCAUUUUGGACUUCAAGAUUUUGAUAGCAACCAAGCUAUAGAUUCUGCAGUAUCAACUGCUGAACUUGAAGAGAACCCAGUCAACGUUGAACCAGUGAACAACUAUGAUGCUGAUCCAAUACCCCUCAAUACUGAGCAGAAGGAUGAACUGACUACCUCAAAUGGCAGUGGAAGGUCCACAAUUCCAAAAAGUUCUUCUAGUUCCGUUGCCGAGCCACCCAAUAAUAUUGACACUGUUAAUGUUGCAGUCAAUACACAGACAAGUACCAUUCCAGAUGUUGAAACUUAUCCUCAAAAUGAUAUAGAGAACUUGAACAAAAUGCCACAGGUCUCAGCUGAUGCAGAUGAGUCAUCUCUGCAAGAGCAGAUUUCUGACAAGCAUCAAGAUAGAGACAGUCUUAUUGAGACAAGCAAAAUUCAAUCUGAAUCUCCUAAUUCUGGCGUCUUUUUCUCUUCUCCUGGUAUUCCUGCUCCAUCAAUAGUUUCAGCAGCUGUACCUGUGCCUCCUGGCAAGGUUCUGGUUCCUGCAGCUGUUGAUCAAGUUCAAGGACAAGCACUUGCAGCAUUGCAAGCAUUAAAGGUCAUUGAACCUGAUGUUCAGCCCAAUGAAAUAUGCACCCGUCGUGAAUAUGGUCGUUGGUUGGUCUCUGCUAGCAGUGCUCUUUCAAGGAGUACAAUUUCAAAAGUCUAUCCUGCUAUGUAUAUAGAGAAUGUUACUGAGCUUGCUUUUGAUGACAUCACUCCUGAAGACCCUGAUUUUUCUUCUAUACAAGGCUUGGCAGAAGCCGGACUGAUUGAAAGCAGGCUUUCAAGAUCUGAUACACAGCUGUUUGCAGAGGAAGGCCAGAGGCCAUUUUGCUUCUCGCCUGAAAGCCCAUUAUCACGCCAGGAUCUUGUUAGCUGGAAAAGGGCCUUAGACAAGAGACAACUUCCUGAAGCUGACAGAAAGACACUAUACCAAAUUUCUGGCUUUAUAGACACUGACAGGAUACACCUUGAUGCAUGCCCUGCGCUUGUAGCUGACAUAUCUGCUGGGGAGCAAGGAAUAAUAGCUCUUGCAUUUGGUUAUACACGACUGUUCCAGCCAGAUAAGCCAGUAACAAAAGCCCAGGCAGCUGUUGCUCUUUCAACGGGAGAUGCUUCUGACAUUGUUGGUGAAGAGCUUGCUCGAAUUGAAGCAGAAUCUAUGGCUGAAAAUGCGGUUGCAGCACAUAGUGCUUUAGUCGCUCAAGUUGAGAAGGAUAUCAAUGCAAGUUUUGAACAGGAGCUUUCCAUUGAGAGGGAGAAGAUUAAUGCUGUUGAAAGAAUGGCUGAAGAGGCAACACGAGAGUUGGAAAGGUUAAGAGCUGAGAGAGAAGAAGAAAAUAUUGCCUUGAUGAAGGAGCGCACUGCUAUUGAAUCAGAAAUGGAGGUUUACUCAAAGCUAAGACAUGAGGUUGAGGAUCAAUUACAGAGCCUUAUGAAUGACAAGGUAGAAAUAACUCAUGAAAAAGAAAGGGUUAUCAAGCUUCGGGAGCAAGCAGAAGUUGAAAACAAGGAAAUUGCCCGCUUACAAUAUGAACUAGAGGUAGAACGGAAAGCCUUGUCCAUGGCCAGGACUUGGGCGGAGGAUGAGGCUAAACGGGUAAGAGAACAUGCUAGAGCCUUGGAAGAGGCUCGAGAACGUUGGGAGAGGCACGGCAUCAAAGUGGUUGUUGAUGAUGACCUCCGCAAGGAGGCCUCUGCUGAAGUUACGUGGCUCAAUGCAGGGAAGCAGUUUCCAGUUCAAGAAACAGUUCUCAGGGCUGAGAACUUACUGGGUAAACUUAAAAGAAUGGCAGCAGAUGUUGGAGGGAGAUCUAGAGAUGUGAUUGACAGGAUUGUCCACGUGAUUUCUCAUUUCAUAUCUAACUUGAAGCAAUGGGCAUCCAAAACUGGAAAACAGGCUGAAGAAUUCGGAGAAGUUGCUGUUGCCAAGGCAGCUAAGUCAGCGCACGAGUUGCGGCAAAGUGCUGUCGAAUUUGGAUUUUCAGUCAAAGAAGGGGCCAAGCGAGUUGCUGGAGAUUGUAGGGAGGGGGUUGAGAAGCUCACCCAAAAGUUUAAGACAUAAUCUUUCUUUUUCUCUUACAAUAACAGAGUUGUUAGCAGUAAGCCAAUGAUGUACCUUUAAUCUACUCAGUCGAUGGUUGGUAUGCCUUAUUGUGUACCAGACAUGUCCACGGGAAAAUUGGCAGUUCAAACUGUCGCUGGGAAGUUUUCUCAAAUUCUUGUGAUGUUUUGUAUAAUUGAGGGUAGUGGGAAAUUAAGUGUAACAAUAAUCUCCUGUAUUUUUAGCAGUGUCUUUAUUGGUUCCGCUCUGGAGCUCAUGUCACUGGGGAUUUUCUGUAACAAAAUCUUUACCAUGUAAAGAAUACUAGUCGAAAGUUGCAUAAUAAACCCCAAACCUUAUCUUAAUAAUAAAGGCGAACUUUAUUUAUUUAUUUA